AGCGAAAGCGAGCCUUGAGCGAACCUCAGCGUCUAACCGACAGCGCCACUUGUUGAGAUCGCAAUAAUUUCGAAAGGGCAUUUCAUUGACAUAUGUAAUUUGAGUGCAUGCUAAACUUUCUUUGGUUAAACGUUCGCACGUGUAUCCAGCAAGAAAACGUGUUACACACGAUAGGCUCGAGUCUCUUCAUAAUCCGAACGAAAAGUUUUCACCUAUUUGUUUAUCGCGGCGUCAUUGUCGUCUUUGCCUUGAGCGUCAACGAAUAAAGCAUCGAAGCGUAUGCAUGUUUUGUACAAGUGAACGAUUUUAUUUUUGUCGUAGAUGCAAGUGUGUGUUUGAACCAGUUUUUGACGAGAACAAUAACGUGUAGAAAAUGAAUUCACUAUUUUUGACCAAUAAGAGUAUCCAUUGUUCGGAACAGUGACUUCGCCCCGUCAUGCGGACUGUAAACAACGCUUUUGUAGCGCUGGAAGAAGGGCUUUUGAAGGGGGAAUAUCUUUUCUCCAAAGGUCUUCGUCGGCCGUUAAUGAAAAUCACCUUUUUAUUGAAACUGAGUAAGAAUUUAAUAACGGCGGAUUAUUAUUGAUGGAAAUGGCAAGCAAACCGUGCUUCAUGGUGUUUUCGAAGACAAAAAUUUGUCAUCAUGGCUGAUCAAGGUAUUUUAACUCCCGGACAACAAAUAAAACCAAAACUCGAUGAAAAAAAAGCCAUUGAACUCGUUACUCGUUUGUACGGUUUUAAAGUUAAAGAAAUAAGCGAACUGAACGCUUACGACGAUAAAAAUUACCACGUCGUUUGUGAAGACUCAUACGAGAAUCAUCACGUCGCGAAAUUACACGAACAUGGAUACGUUCUGAAAAUUAUUAAUUCGUUGGAUUCUCGAAACAUUGGCUUCAUCGAGGCACAAAACGAAAUGAUGCUUUUCCUUCGCCAGCGGGAAAUCCGGUGCACUGUUCCUGUGAAAAAUUUACAGGGCUCGUUUUCUGCUGUCGAAAAUAUUCCUACGGGAUCUAACGUGGGAUACGUGGUACGACUUUUGGAAUAUCAGCCAGGCUCGACGCUCCGCUCAGUUCCAAUAACAAAAACGUUGCUGCGAGACGUUGGUCAAUUCGUUGCUCGUUUGGGGGCGACUCUGUCGAAUUUUUCACAUCCGGCAAUAGAGAAACGUAGCUUUCUGUGGAUGUUGGCUGCAGUGCCAAAACUUCGUGAUUACAUGUACGCGUUAAAUAACGAAGAAGAUCGAAAAAUGAUAGCCGAAGUGGUGAAGCAAUUUGAGACUCAGGUUUUUCCUGUAGUAGAGAAACUAGAACACGGAAUAAUUCAUGGUGAUUUGAACGAACAAAAUCUUCUGGUUAAUGCCGAGGGGACGCGAGUGAUCGCUGUUAUUGAUUUCGGCGAUUCCCAUCGAGCCUGCACUGUUUUUGACCUUGCCAUUGCCGCUUGUUACAUGAUCAUCCAGACGCGUGACAUGUUUGCAGCCAAAUACGUUAUCGAGGGCUUUCAAAGUGUCAAAAAAUUGAUAAAUAUUGAAAAAAGUAUUAUGAAAAUUUGCGUUUGUGCCAGACUUUCACAGAGCCUUACUCUCGGCGCUUAUUCUUACAUGCAAGAUCCUCAAAAUGAAUAUUUACUCGUUACACAAAAACCUGGAUGGGAAAUGGUGAAAAAGUUGUGGCCAAUGUCCGAUGAAGACGUUAUGAAAAUUUGGGGCCUCGAGAAUUCGUAAGUCUGAAAUCGAACGAUUCGUGCGGCAAUGCCGAAAAUUAUAAGUGACGGAGUGGGGGAAACAGUAGGGUCAAAUUGAUGAGGAAGGCUCCAAAUAAAAUACGUGAAAGGGACAUUGAAAAAUGAAAUGAAAUCUGAAUAUUUAAUAGAAUUUUUUUAUACUCUCCUUUAAUUAAGUGAGCCACUUUUUUUCCGUGUAAAUUCAUCUCGAAAUUAUACAACGUUGAAAACAAAGGGAAUGCAAAGAUCAGAUAAGAUUCUUAGCACAGAGAUCUUUAUAUCUUAUCGGUGGUCAUCCGCAGGUUUACGCGACGUUGAGAGGCUCGUGAAUAUUUCAGUUAUUUCUGCAGCUUUGCAAUCCGUUGUGUUCAUUUUAAAAGAGAAUUGAAAAAAAAUUGGGUAAUUGAAAUCCUCGAAAUUUUCAGAUAUUCUGAAUGUCAAUUAAAUCGAAAGCUUUGCCAUUUCGAAACAUUCCGAAUCGGUAUAAGAUGAUUGGAAUUUCGAAUAAAAUAAAAAAAUUAUAGUGUUUGAAAAAUAUACAAAGUUGACGAGAAUUUCGGAUUUUCUGAAAUUAUUGGAAAUCCAACUAAACCAAAUAAUCAAUUUUAUCUUAAAAUAUUCGAAAUUAACGAAAAUAAAAUUUGUAAUUCACCAAUUUUUUAUUUCAUCGAUCAUUGGUGAGGACUGAAAAACUACGAAUUGCAAAUUAGCCAGGCAACAGAAUUAGAGACUUACUGGAAUUAUUGGAGAGUUUUUUAAAAUCACUUCGUUGCAAACUUCAGUGUCACAAAAGACUGAACAUCCGUAAAUUAUCGAACUUCGAGUAGCGUAAAAGGUAAAACAAAAAAAAUGAAAUGUUCAUUACGCGAAUGGAGAGUGAAAGAACGAACACGUCAAUUAUGCAGUGAUAUACAUCGUCUCUCGUUUUUAUUAUUUUUUAAAUAUUAUAACUAUUAAUAUCUAUUAUGUAGGCAGUUACAUAUUUACAUAUAGAUGUAGUGAACAAUAAUAAUAAUAUUCUUCGUGUAAUCCGUAUUUUGCGUGUGUUAUAAUUUUACAUAGCGGCAAUGUGUAUGUGUUAUUGUAUAUAUACAAAAGUUUCCAGGCUUGUCGAUAAUUUUCAUAUAUUUUGUUAAAUUUUGAGUCGUUUAACAGUUACAGUGCGAUUUGCAGUCGUUGCUAAUCGUUUAAUUCUUAUUCUUUUUGUGGAGCCUCGUGUGGAUUUGGUGUGUGCAAUAAACGUGUGCUUUUACACUGGGAAAAAUGA